CCGUGCCUGCCUCUGUCCAUGGAGAAACCAGGCGUGAUCUGUCUGCGGCACGAUUGCCUCAACAACAUCUUCUGCUUCUCCAUGCCACCCGCUUGUCCAGCUUGUGGUGAACAUCUGGUGGGAAGACGCCUGCGGGAGGCCCCGGUCAGUAUCCCCGACCCGCUUGGCGAUGGACACAAGACCACGUGCUGCCUCCUUGUAGCGCCAGCCGAUCGCAACGCUGAUGGAGGCUUUGAUGGCACAUCAGAACUUCACACGGGAAUCUCCAACACUUCAGGUGUGGUGUACAACUACACCGGGAGAGGUGUACUCCGAGACCAGAGCGGCUGGCGCGCUUGCGUGAUCGUCCCACUCGUGAGACCUGACACAUUCCACCUCCUGGCCCAGUGGGACCAGUACCUGGAGCGGUUCUCACGUAGACCCCUGUGGGACCCCAACUGGCACAGUUUCUGCGAGGACAGUCACAACUGCCUGACGUUCUGCGUGGAGUUUGUGAACAGCGUGUUGGCGGCGGAGGGUCUUGGCAGAGGGCCUCUGAGCAGAGAUGUCUUGACACGCACUUUGAUCGCGCCCGCUGUGAGCCGAGCCUGCAAGUACGUGGCGCUGCGCCGACACAUUCAACAUCAACGAUUCUACGUGGCCCAGAGACGGCCCGCGACGGCUACGUGAUGGCUUCCUUGUGUUCUCAUUUGCACUUUUCAGGGAGUCGUCAUUUGCCAGUUACCAAAGUCCAUCUUUGCUUAUCUAAGUCCAUCUAUUCAUUUUACUCGUUGGUAAGGCCAUUUCUUAGCGAGACAAAAACACCUACCUGACACUUAAAUGGUGAGCUGCAAUUACAUUUAGCAACAAUAAAGUACUAUUGGUAAGAAAUUCUCCACAUAAGCAAACAUAGGUAUUUACUAUUUACAUUACAGCUGUCUGUAUAUCAUGGGUGGAACAUAACUUUGUGUGUGGCGGUGGGGGCCGGGGGCUGCUAUAAUUAUGUUGUCAAAAUAUUACGUUAUAACAAAGUACUGUAUGUUAAUACACUUCUCUCUUAUUUGAAAAUAAAAUACAAAUCUCUUAAAUUUUCGGGGGUCUGAAAUUAUUUUU